AGUGCCUGCUUUUUCUUGUGCUUCUGUUUACGGAGUUCAGGGGUCGGUUAUUAACGCUAUGGAUCCCAACUGCUCUUGCGGUACAGGUGGCUCCUGCACGUGUGCUGGCUCCUGCAAAUGCAAAGAAUGCAAAUGCAGUUCCUGCAAAAAGAGCUGUUGCUCCUGCUGCCCGGUGGGCUGUGCCAAGUGCGCCCAGGGCUGCAUUUGCAAAGGGGCGUCGGACAAGUGCAGCUGCUGUGCCUGAUCUUAGGGAGCCUGUUUCCGAUGUAAAUAGAGCGAUGCGUGCAAAUCUACAGUGUUUCUUGGUGCUUUUUCUUUUGGGAUACAACCCUGACCAGUUUGUUACAUUCCUUGUUGAUCCUUAUAAAAUACGUGAAUUAGAUAAUAAAAGCUGUGGACUGUUA